CCUGAGCAGCACCGACCUCGACUAGCAGUGACCGGUGACCGGUUGACCUCCUCCUUUUGCUUUUCUUAAAGCAGAGAUAUCAACUUAGCAACAUAUUCUCUGCUGCUAGAUCUUGCGACACUGUGCAGUCUUGCAGUGAUAUGCAUCCGGUGAAUGCGAGCACGACGUUCAUCUGACGAGGAGAUCCACGAACUCGAAACACUGGUCCAUCACGAUAUGCAGGGCGACCAUGUCAGUAGGUAUACUGAGGAGGAGGAAGGAUUACUUUCUCCAGCGGACGAGAGUGUCGGCCUGAAGGGAGCACCGCGCAACUUGCUCCGCCACUUAGGCCUCUCCUUCUUCUUUUUCGGACUCAUUAACAACGUACUCUAUGUCAUCAUCCUCUCAGCUGCACUCGACCUCGUACCUCCAUCCACGCCGAAAGGUAUCAUCGCCUUCUGCAACAUCUUCCCCUCCCUCCUGGUCAAGCUCGGCUGGCCAUACCUCCUACGCGGCCGGGUGCGGUACGCCAUGCGUCUCGUAGGUUGUGCCGCCGUCAGCGUCCUCGGGAUGUGGGUGAUUGCGGCAUUUGACAGCUUGUUCAUGCGCUUGCUGGGGAUAUGCUGUGCGUCGUUCUCAUCCGGCCUGGGCGAGCUCACGUUCCUGCAGCUCUCGACGCGCUACCAUCCACCAUCGGUGGCAGGACACAGCGUUGGGUAUUUCGCCUCUGGAACAGGUGCAGCCGGCCUCGUCGGCGCGUUCCUCUGGUGGGAGCUCCGUGGUCUCGGCGUCCGUAUAGGCGUCGGGCUCAGCUCAGUCCUCCCCCUCGUCAUUCCUCUGACAUACUUCCUCCUCCUUCCUCAGCCGGCUACAUUUGCGAACGCAGAUUUACCACCGACUGCCUUACCAUACUCGGUCGUCGCGGCAGAGUACACUGCGCUCCCUACUGGCGAGGAGGACACGCCGGAAGGGGAGACGGAAGGGGUUCGGGAAGCCGGCGCUGUGAAGACCGGGGGUGUGGCACUGAGCAUGGAGGAUAAGUGGAGGCUUGUGAAGCCGCUGGUGGGGAGGUAUAUGAUGCCGCUAUUCUGUGUGUACUUGUUCGAGUAUACGAUCAACCAGGGCAUCGCACCGACACUCCUCUAUCCCGUCCCGGCGGCGGCGGAGCACCCGUUGAUGAGCAAGAUCAUACACUCCAUCCGUGACUUCUAUCCUCUUUGGCAGCUCGUCUACCAAACCUCCGUGUUCCUGUCCCGCUCGACGCUCUCCCUCGGCCUGCCACCGCUCCCGGCGUCCUUGCUCCCCCUCCCGGCAAUCAUCCAGGCGUUCGUGCUCCUCACGCUCGCGCUCGAGUCUGCUGUGGGACUCUUCGACGGCGGAGGGGACGGCGGCGCGCUCGCGUUCGGGCUCGUCUUCGGGCUGAUCAGCAUUGAAGGGAUCUGCGGCGGCCUCGCGUACGUGAACGUUUACCACCGCGUUAACCAAGAAGCCGACCCCGACACGCGGGGAAUCGCGCUCGACGCGGACACGGAGGAACGCAGGGAGCGCGCGCGGCAGGAGCGCGAGUUCAAGAUCGGUUCGAUUGGGAUCGCGGACGGUGCGGGGAUCUUGUUGGCGAGCAUUGUGUCGGUCCCGACGGAGGUGGCGCUGUGUAGGGCGCAGGUGGGGAGGGGGAGGACGUUGUGUGAGGGGUUGUAG